AUGCGUGUCCCUCCUCGUCUCCCUCCCCUCGGAGCGCAUCUAUCUCGCCUGCGCCCGGCUGGUGGAACCCGGGCUCCGAACCCGCGGCCCCGGGGCUCGGGAACUGGGAGGGGGGAGGGGCUGAAGACUCCUCCUCCUCCCUGGGGAGGCCCUGAGGCGCCGAGCCCAGGUGCCCGCCCUCCCCCUACAACUAGCCCUCUGCUGACAGGUCAAGUCCUGACUGCAAGGAAGGACUGUGUUCUCCUGGGCAGCCUCCUCCAUCAGACUGGCAGCCUGGAGAACAGGCCCCAAGCCCCAUCCCACAGACCCCAGAAUGGAGGUGUGGUGAACAGGCAUGACUUGCCUGGAACCUGCAGGCAGCCUAAAGGAGGUCCAGGACUGUACAGUCAAAGGCCCUUCAGGCCCAUAGCAGGUCAUUGUCAGGGUCUCUAUCUCAAGGACACUGAGAUGAAAACAGCAGGAGAGCCAGUCCUGAAUCUUGGGCAGACCCUGGAGUGGCUGAGGAGGGAGCUGUCUGAGAUGCAGAUCCAGGACCAGCAUCUCCUGCUUACACUGAGGCAUCUCCACGGUGUUCUGGAGGAGCUUCGCACACAGACCGCCCAAUGGGAGGAUGGCAGGUCCAGCGAGGGGACAUCCCCCAUCAGAGGAAGAGCAGGCUCUGAAAGCAGGGGCUGCCAGACAGUCACUUCCAGGCGGCUGGCCCAGCUCCUGAAAGGGGAAGAAAGCAGAAGAAGCUCACUUCCUUAAUUGGCCAGAGAUGACACUGGCCCCAGCCCUGCCACCUCUAAUCUAAACUUUGUGAUUCUUGGGAGGAGAGAGCGUUGUUAUAGGAGUCAUGAAGUCAGGGCUCAAGGUUCAUCUCUGCUGUGUCCCUGGAUCCGUCACUCAACUUCUCUAUGUCUUUGGUUCCCUUUCUGUCACUUAUCAGAGAGUUUUUUUGUGAGGCAUAAAUAAAGUAGCAGA